GCAGCGCGCUGCUCUCUGGCAUCGAUUGGCCGGCCUGCUGGCGGACCGCACGCUCCGCAGGCCGCCCGCCCGCCCGCUCGCUCGCUCGCUCACUUGCUGCCCCGCGUCUCGUGCCAAGGCUGCUCGGCGGUACCCACAGUCUGCUGAGCUGAGCUGGGAUUCAAAACAGUCAUGUCCGAGGAGCUUGAAGGAACAAUGGCUUCCGAGGAACAACAGGAAAUGGAGGACAAAGUCAUAAGUCCAGAGAAAGCAGAGGAGGCCAAACUGAAGGCUAGGUAUCCCAAUCUUGGAGCUAAGCCUGGAGGCUCGGACUUUCUUAGGAAAAGACUUCAGAAAGGGCAAAAGUAUUUUGACUCUGGUGACUACAACAUGGCCAAGGCCAAGAUGAAGAACAAGCAGUUGCCCACAGCCCCGACGGAGAAGACUGAGAUCACGGGGGACCACAUCCCAACACCUCAGGACCUGCCUCAGAGAAAGCCUUCGAUUGUGGCCAGCAAGCUGGCUGGCUGAUUGGCAAGCAGUUUUAUGUUUACUGUUCUGUUAACCAUUCCAACCCUCAUUUCAUGUCUACCUUCUGUUUCCUUUUUGUUCAUCUUUCACCUUUGUAUAAAUUCUUAAUGAAGAAUUUGUGAAUUCAACUGAAUACUUACGAGUUAUUGUCAACUGGCAGGUGAAAAAGAUUGUCAGUAACCGAAAUCCAACAUAGUAGCAGAAAAUGUUCCUCAAGAUCGUGGGAAAAAAAAAGACUUGAAUAGUACUUAAUUGCUGUACAUUAUAUCACUUCUGGAAAUAUGAAUGGAAGCUAGUGCUAUCUAAUUUUGGCAGAACAUUUUCAUCUUUUAGCUUGUAUGCCUCCAUAUGAAUGCAACAACAAUCAGCCAGUUACUAGAGCUUCCUGUUCUACCUUAUUACUAACUACGACCAGGCAAAACUUACUUGCAGUUACUAACACGGGAAGAGAAUAUAUUAAGGUGUGCCCACUGUAGUAUAAUUUGCACGUCUUUCAGUUUGAAACAAGUGAUUUUUAGGUUAAAGACACGGAGGCAUGUCUAUUAAAAAGUGAAAAUGUCCUGCUUUAGUCAAAUAUUGCUCUUUUGUCUAAUUCUUGAUGGUGUGUGCCCUCCCUCUCUCUGUAAAGCUCUUUGAUUUGGUGCAUUUUAAGAACACAAGUACAGAUCACACACAUGUUGCUAGCUGGUCAUGUUUUAACUCAUUUUAGUGACAUUGUUUUUCAAAGACGGCUGUCUGCAUCUCAUUCUGACCUCUAAAAUGGCCUUAACAGUUGUGAACCGCUGUUCCUCUUGAGCAAUAUUUGCUCACUCUCACAGUGAGAAUCUUUAGUUGUGAAUCUAGCCUGAAGUGUUUGCCACUGUCUGACUGGAACCAUUUAGGCUUUUAUGGAAAGCAGCUCCCGUAACAUGUCUGGAGUGUGCAUGUACAUUUACUGUGCAGUCACACUGUGCCAUUUGUUUUGUAAAUAAAAUAGUUUUGCAUAAUA